GAGAUACUCAUUUUCCGUGUUUACAUUUUAGCUCUUCCGAAAGACCCAAUCUUUCGACUACUAUUCUUUUGUGCGGUCAUCAAUAUCUGCUGGCUACACUUGUAGUCUCCAUAUUUGAUGAUCACAGGUAUAUUUGUAUCAAUUUUCGACAAUUUCCAUUAAUUAAAAGUUGUUUCUUUUUGUGUUGUAUACUAUCCACAUCUGCUGUCUAUUAUAUUCCGUUGUAACUUUGCCGUUUUGAAGUUGUAGAACACUCAAGAAUAAUAGGAUUGAUUUACUUUUUUGUUGGUGCGAGCUGAGAUUUUUAGUAGUAGUAGAAGAAUUAGCAAUUUUAGGGUUGUGGGUUUUGUCGUCGGAGAAAUUUAUGCAAUUUGGUACCGGUAAUUGAGGUUUCUGUUUGCUGGAAUUGCAUUGGAUUGGAAAUUGUUUGCUGCAAGAUUUGAUUUUUCGAAGAGGAAUGGUAGAAUUUGAUUGAUUUGGAGUGUGGUGAUAUACUGAUAUGUCAUCUGCAUCUCCUUCCCCAAAUUCUCCCGUUGCUGCUGCGCCGCCACCAACCUCCACCUCUCCUCCUCCUCCUCCUUCUACUCCAUUGAAUUCUCCACCACCACAAAUUGCUGCUGCCCCACCACCUCAGCCCAAUUCACCUCCACCCCCCGCCUCACCGCCACCACCACCACAAAUUGCUGUUGCCCCACCACCUCAGCCAAAUUCACCUCCACCCGCCGCCUCACCACCACCACCACCACCACUGCAAACCCCUAGCGAGAUCGAAACCCCCAUGGCUUCACAACCACCACCAUCUUCUCCUCCCCCAUCAGCCAAUGCGCCUCCUCCAGCCAAUGCACCUCCUCCAUCAUUUCCACCUCCUCAGCCAUCAAGUCCUCCUCCAACCUCUUCUCCACCUCCACCCGAUCCACCACCAACUAGUCCUCCUCCUAGUGCACCACCUCCUUCGACAAAUCCUCCUCCAGCCCCACCAGCACCCGAAAAAAGCCCCCCACCUCCACCGUCAACUCCACCACCACACACUUCUCCUCCUCCACGUCCACCUCCUAAUAAUUCACCACCGCCACCACCAUCACGUGACCCUCCUGCAAGUUCCCCUCCUCCACCAUCAAAUGAACCCCCAAAAAAUUCACCACCACCACCAGCAGCAGUGCCACCACCUAGCCCUUCCACUCCUCCAGUACCGUCUCAGUCUCCACCUCCCCCAAUUUCUCCUCCAAGACCACUGCCACCGCCUUCAGUAGGAGUGUCACCACCCCCUCCUUCAACAGUCUUGUCACCACCCCCCAUUUCUCCUCCAGCGCUUGAUCCACCAGGUGAUACCAACUCCAAUGAUAAUGCGCCUCGAAGUUCACAGCCCUCAAGUGGUGGUGACGGCGUUGACACCGGAGUAUUAAUUUCAAUUGGCGUGGGUAGUCUCCUAUUACUUGGGAUACUUGGAGUUAUAAUCUGGUGCUGCCGGAAGCAAAUGAAAAAGGUUUCUGGCCAUAAUGGUGGUUACAUUAUGCCAACCUCGGGUUCUUCUCCAAAAUCUGGUGCUAGUUUACUCAAAGUAGAAGUAUCAUCACCAGAUAAUGGAAGUGGUUCUGGAAAUGGCACUUUGCAUUCACCCCGUGAGCCUGGUUUGGGGAACUCAAGGUCUUGGUUCAGCUACGAGGAACUUGUUGAUGCUACUAGUGGAUUUUCAUCCCAGAAUCUCUUGGGUGAAGGUGGUUUCGGUUCUGUGUAUAAAGGAACUCUGCCAGAUGGUACAGAAGUAGCAAUUAAGCAGUUACGGAAUGGUGGAGGGCAGGGGGAGCGCGAAUUCAGAUCUGAAGUCGAGAUAAUUAGUCGCAUACACCACCGCCACUUAGUCUCACUUGUAGGUUAUUGCAUUUCUGGGGAAAGAAGACUGCUUGUAUUAGAUUAUCUUCCUAAUAAUACCCUUUCCUUCCAUCUUCAUGCUGAAGGACAGCGUGUCUUGGAAUGGGAUACACGUGUUAAGAUUGCGGUUGGUGCAGCUCGUGGGAUAGCUUACCUUCACGAAGACUGCCAUCCUCGUAUUAUCCAUAGAGAUAUCAAGUCAUCAAAUAUCCUUCUGGACAAAAACUUUGAAGCUCGGGUUUCUGAUUUCGGACUAGCUAAAUUAGCUAUGGAUACGAAUACACAUGUCACCACACGCGUAAUGGGGACUUUUGGAUACAUGGCUCCUGAGUAUGCAUCCAGUGGCAAGUUGACUGAAAAAUCUGAUGUGUAUUCCUUUGGUGUUGUACUCUUAGAGUUGAUAACCGGACGAAAGCCUGUAGAUACAUCUCAGCCCCUAGGGGAUGAGAGUCUCGUUGAAUGGGCCAGGCCUUUAUUAAGUCACACAGUCGAGACAGAUGAAUUUGGGGGACUAGCAGAUCCAAGAUUAGCCGGGAAUUUUGUUGCUGGCGAGAUGUUCCGACUGAUUCAAGCUGCAGCAGCUUGUGUUCGCCAUUCAUCCACAAAGAGGCCCACAAUGGGACAGGUUGUGAGGGCUUUCGACAACAUGGUCACCUCAGAUUUGACAAAUGGGAUGAGAGUCGGAGAAAGUGAAAUAUUCAACUCUGCUGAACAAUCUGAAGAGAUCAGAUUGUUUCGGAGGAUGGCAUUUGGAAGUCAAGAAUUUAGUACUGAUUUCUUCAGUCAAAACAGAGAGAGCAGCGAACACAACCGGCAAAGUGGCCAGUGAGAUUGAUGGAAAUUCGAGAUCCCAUUUUCGAUCAAGAGCGAUUUUUUUGUAAGUAAAUGAAAGUGGCAACUCAUGCUGAUUGAGAGGUAACAGCUGCAUUGUGGAUGCCCUCAGUUUUGGUUUUGGGCUCUGUAGUUUCUGUGUAUUCUAUUUCUAGAACCAAUUUUUUUCUUGUAUAUAGAAGGUUUUUUUUUUUCUGUGCA